AUGGCCACUUCGUCUAUUCUUCGCAGAAUGACCCAGGGUCAAUCCCUCCUGGAUCAGCAAGACUCUGCGUCGUCAACCUUGUUUUCUUAUACUUACAGGAAACCCGCCGUGUGUUUAGACCCAGCUGCCGCCGAGAAUUCGCCCAAGAACCAAUGUCGUAAACCCAACCGCCGAGUAACCUUUUCCGAUCACUUCGACAUGAUAACUUCUUCUUUUCUACCGACCCGUUUUCGAGGGGAACCCGACCGCUCUCAGAGCUCGGCUGCCCCCUCCCGUGUCGGCAAAAAGCUUGCGCCAUGGCUGCAGCUCCUGGGCAGCAUCGCAUGCCGUCAUCCCAUCCACACCGUCGUCAUCGUUGCCGUCCUGGCCAGCACGUCCUAUGUUGGUCUGAUCCAAAACAGCCUCUCCGAGGACUCUUUGAACUUGGGAAAAGCCGACUGGUCAUCGCUAGUUGAAGGCAGUCGAGACCUCGUAGUUGGUCCCGACACGCAAUGGAAAUGGCAGAGUAUCGACCAAGACGUUCCCCAUGCGGCGGACGCCAACCAUCUGGCACUUCUCACCUUUGUCUUCCCGGAUACUUCAUCGACUGAUUCCUCCAGCUCUGCCCCUCGAUCCCAUGUCGUUCCCACGCCGCAGAACCUCUCAAUUACACCUCUACCUGUCACCGAAAACUCGUUCAACACCUACACCCUGGACAGCAUUCUUGCUUACUCCAUUCCGAAGAAACAUGCGCCGGAAUUUGUCUCUGCCGCAAAGGAGAUUCCCGACGAACAAGCUCAAGAAAUCGUUACUCGCCAUGGCCGCGAGAAGAAGAAGUGGAUCAUGAAGGCAGCCAAGGUCAACACCCGCAACACCAUUGUCCAGUGGCUUCGCAACGCUUGGGUGGAGUUUAUCGAUCUUCUCAAGAACGCCGAGACGCUUGAUAUCGUCAUCAUGGUCCUCGGAUACCUUUCGAUGCAUCUAACUUUUGUGUCCCUCUUCCUAUCCAUGAGACGGAUGGGCUCUAAUUUUUGGUUGGGCAUGAGCACUCUCUUCUCAUCCGUCUUUGCCUUCCUCUUUGGCCUGGCUGUCACUACGAAGCUUGGAGUUCCUAUUAGUGUCAUUCUUUUGUCCGAGGGACUGCCAUUCUUGGUCGUGACCAUCGGCUUUGAGAAGAAUAUUGUUCUCACAAGAGCAGUUUUGAGUCAUGCUGUCGAGCAUCGCCGCACCCAGGCUCACGAUGCCAGGCCUGGUGGGAAAUUUUAUGAACAAACUGGGCCCCAAAAUGUCAUCUCAUAUGCCGUUCAGGCCGCCAUCAAGGACAAGGGCUACGAAAUCCUGCGUGACUACGCCAUCGAAAUUGCUAUUCUCUCUAUCGGCGCUGCUUCGGGCGUUCAGGGCGGUCUACAACAGUUCUGCUUUUUGGCUGCCUGGAUUUUGUUCUUCGAUUGCAUCUUGCUCUUCACCUUUUACACCGCUAUUCUCAGUAUCAAGCUGGAAAUCAACCGCAUCAAGCGGCAUUACGAUAUGCGUAUGGCCUUGGAAGCGGAUGGUGUCAGCCGCCGUGUUGCCGAAAACGUUGCCAAGAGCAAUGACUGGGCCCAGUCCAGUAAUGCUGGAUCCAAGGACACCACCUUGUUUGGCCGCAUGAGAAGCAGCAGCGUCCCCAAGUUCAAGGUGCUUAUGAUCUCGGGAUUCAUCCUUAUCAAUGUCAUCAACAUUUGCACGAUUCCUUUUCGCAGCGCGGCUUCACUCUCCACCCUGCGGUCUUGGGCUGGCGGUCUUGGAGGAGUUGCAUCAACUCUGCCAGUUGACCCCUAUAAGGUCGCGAAAAACGGUCUUGAUGCCAUUUUGACUGUUGCUCAAACUAGUAACACGCCAACUCGCGUUACUGUCCUGACUCCGAUCAAAUACGAGUUAGAAUAUCCAUCCGUUCACUAUGCGCUGUCGUCGCCAUUUGGUGAGAGCAGCCUUGCCUCUGAUGAUUCAGCCGUUCAGUUCGACACCUAUGGCGUUGGUGGCCGCAUGGUCGGCAGCCUCCUGAAGAGCCUUGAGGAUCCUGUAUUAUCAAAGUGGAUCGUGAUUGCCCUAGCGCUGAGUGUCGGUCUUAAUGGAUAUCUCUUCAACGUUGCUAGAUGGAGCAUCAAGGAUCCCAAUAUGCCCCAUCGCAAAAUUGACCGCAAGGAACUUGCCCGAGCUCAGCAAUUCAACGACACAGAGUCCGCCACUCUGCCUCUUGGAGAAUAUGUACCGCCCACACCCGUGCGAACUGACCCUGUGACUCCUGCCUUGACGGAUGACGAAGGUGAUGGGCUUCGGAUGCGCAAGGCAAAACCUGCAGGACCCCAGUCCCAGUCAGAGCAUCGACCAGUUGCAGAGCUGGAGGAACUUCUUGCCGAGAAACGAACCCAUGAGCUUAGUGAUGAAGAGGUUGUCACGAUGUCCAUGCGCGGCAAGAUCCCAGGCUAUGCGCUUGAAAAGGCAUUGAAGGACUUCACCCGUGCCGUGAAGAUCCGACGUACCAUUAUUGCCCGCACCAAGGCCACUUCGGGACUCACACACGGAUUGGACUCGUCUCUACUACCGUAUGAGCACUAUAACUGGGAGCAAGUCUUUGGAGCCUGCUGUGAAAACGUCAUUGGUUACUUGCCCCUCCCUGUGGGUGUUGCUGGUCCUCUGGUUAUUGAUGGACAGAGCUACUUCAUCCCUAUGGCGACCACCGAAGGUGUCUUGGUCGCCAGUACGAGCCGUGGAUGUAAGGCUAUCAACUCUGGCGGUGGUGCCAUCACUGUUCUUACCAGUGAUGGCAUGACCCGCGGUCCUUGCGUCAGCUUUGAAACCCUCGAGCGUGCUGGUGCUGCCAAGCUCUGGUUGGAUUCCGAAGUUGGCCAGAACGCAAUGAAGAUUGCCUUUGACUCGACGAGUGGUUAUGCUCGACUCCAACACAUGAAGACUGCCCUGGCCGGAACAAACUUGUACAUACGAUUCAAGACCACAACUGGCGAUGCCAUGGGCAUGAACAUGAUUUCCAAGGGUGUCGAACACGCUCUCAAUGUCAUGGCAACGGAGGGUGGAUUCGACGACAUGAACAUUGUUACAGUGUCUGGCAACUUUUGCAUUGAUAAGAAGCCGGCUGCUCUGAACUGGAUCGACGGUCGCGGCAAGGGAGUUGUCGCCGAGGCUAUAAUUCCUGCUGAUGUCGUCAAGUCCGUUUUGAAGAGUGACGUUGAUGCUUUAGUCGAGCUUAACGUUGCGAAGAAUCUAAUUGGAUCUGCCAUGGCUGGUUCCAUCGGCGGUUUCAAUGCGCAUGCCGCUAACAUUGUGGCCGCAAUCUUCUUGGCCACAGGCCAGGACCCUGCACAAGUGGUUGAGAGCGCCAAUUGUAUUACGACAAUGAAGAAGUGA